GUCUAGGCAUUUAAAAAAAAUGAAGUAGCACACUUUAAGUAACACACUCCAAACUUUAAGUGUUUGGAGCCACUAAUUGCAUACCUGGAAGCAGGUUUUACUGUGGUGCUAGCCCAGAUGUGACUGCUUCUGUUUUAUUUUGUUACAUCAGUGUAUUUCAGCUCAGACGGUAGCUGUUCCAAAGAUGAGAAAACAUUUCAAUAAUGAAAAAGCAUUUUAAUUUUCAUCUGUAGUCCAUGAAUUAAAAUCAAGGAUUAGAUGUGAAAAAUGUUACAGAGUUCAUUGUGAGGAAAACAGUCACUGACUAAAGUAAGCAAUGUUUUAGUUUAGAUGGAAAAAUACACAUGGUAACUGUUUUCCCCUUACAGUUAUGACAUAUUUAAAGUAUGUUUUAUUUUAUUGAUGCUGUUUGUCAUUUUUAACCGAGGGCCAGAUUUCUUCCAGAGAGUACCUGAAAUUUAUAAAGCUACAUAGAAAAGUAAAAAUCAAAGUUUCACCAGGUGAAGUUAUAACUAAUUACCAUGUUUUCCUGCUGAACUAAUCAGUUUUAAAUUAACUGAACCCAGUGUGGAUUUCUUCCCCACAGCCUGAGAAGGCUCUUAUGCCUUGGGGAGGAGCUUCACUCUGAAUCCUCUCCCACUGCUUGUUCCAGUACCUCCAUGCCUUCUUCCACAUGGUGCCAGCCUCUGGCUCCUGGGGUGGGCACUGCUGGGCAGGGAAUGGCAGGCUGGGAAGGGGAGCUGGAGGGUGGGAUGUGGCUCUGGCUCUGGGCUCAGCACAGAGGUGUUGUUUGGUCAGUUAAAUCUGCAUCUGACUGCAGCCAGCAAAGGGAAGGGGGCCACCCUCAUAUCCCUUGUGUGGGUAGAAGAACCAGCCACAGCUUUUAACCAGGUAGCACCAAUAAUUUCAGUGAUGUGACAAGAGAUGCUUCAGUGCAAGCAAGCCAACAGAGACUGAAGGUGUUUGGCUUGACAGAUGAGUGGUCACUGUGUAUGCUCUCCUUGUUGGGCUUGGGCUGCUCAGGGUACCCCUGACUGUGCUGCCCAUCACCUUUAUUCACAGGGUAGACCAGAAAUUUACGUGGUGCAGUUCUGGAGAAUAUAAAGUUGCUUUUUUGCUACUUUUGCACACUUAUUUCUGAAUUACUUUGACGAUAGAUGUAAGUGAAAUUGAAACCGCUUUCUGGAUCACCUGCUUCAAGGCACUGUCCUGACAGCUUUCAAAAAAACAAUCAGCUUCUCUGAAAAUAAAAGCCCUCACCAAAAUAGCAAAUAACAGGAAAGAGUAGUCAGGCAUCAUUAGAACUGAUGAAUGACAGAAUUUCAGAAUUUAUGUCUGUAUACACACAGACACACAGUAGAAAAGAGGAAACUAUUAAAAAAAAAUCUGUUUCCACGUACUUUACAAACAGCAUGUUUCCUUAAAUCACUGGAUAAAAUUUGCUAUGCUUGUUAAGUUGCUAUGGCAUCUGAGCCCAUCCAGUAAAACUUGACAGAUAUUUCUCUGGGGCUGAGAAACCACAGAGCAGAUUGAAAAUCCCCUUUGUGUCAUUUCCUGUGAGAUAAGUCUGAAGAACCAACUCACGCAUGCAGCCUGUCUGCGCACAGCAGCCUGGCACCGCUCGCCAGUCAAGUGACACCUGUCUGACACAAUGCUGGGAGGGUGACGAACAUCGCAUGGGACACUCUGCUGCUUUUAUAGUUAAGAGCGGAGCAGAAACUGCUUUAACGCUGAGAGAAGGCUGGGCAGUCUCCUCAGAGAGAGCACAGCUAAUCUGCUGGUCUCUGCUGUGCUCUAGGUAAAGGAUUGAGAUGAUUGCAUGUUCCUCCUUAAUGCUUGUGUUUUGUUGUUGCUAAUCUUUCCCUCCCUGAAGCUGAUGCCUGUGGGACACGGCUGGGAAGACAGGAUCAUCAGACUUAAAGGAGCAUAAAUACUUGCAAAAAUGGCACUGGCCGGUUCAAUUUCCAGCAAAGCAGCACCACCACACUCCAGAAAAGUUUCUGCAGCCGGGGUGGAAGUGCACCAGAGUAAGAUGGAUUUUUUCUGCAAGCUGGGCUAUGGUAAGCAGGACAUCUGCAAAGUGCUGGAGAACCUGGGCCAAGAGGCGCUGGAGGAUGAUGUGCUGAAGGAGCUGAUUCGGAUGGGGAGCAAACCUCAGGCUCUGGAGGACCAGGCUCAGCCUUCCCAGCUGAAGCUGGUAGCCCGUGGGUCGUGCAGCACCUCCCCGGGGCUGAAGUGGCCUGGAGAAGAUGAAAGUGAUUCUUCUGACUCCCUGAGGCCCAUUGUGAUCGAUGGCAGCAAUGUUGCCAUGAGUCAUGGAAACAAGGAGGUGUUCUCCUGCUGGGGCAUCCAGCUGGCGGUCGAUUGGUUUCGAGAGAGGGGGCACACUGACAUCAAGGUUUUUGUCCCACUCUGGAGGAAGGAACCCCCUCGACAAGACAGCCCCAUUGCAGAUCAGCACAUCCUUGAGGAGCUGGAGAAGCAAUCCAUCCUGGUGUACACCCCCUCCAGGAAGGUGAAGGGCAAGCGGGUGGUUUGCUACGACGAUCGCUACAUAGUGAAAGUCGCUUAUGAGAGCGAUGGAGUCAUUGUUUCCAAUGACCACUACCGGGACCUCCAGAAUGAAAACCCCGAGUGGAAAUGGUUCAUUGAGCAGCGACUGCUCAUGUACUCCUUUGUCAGUAACAGGUUUAUGCCUCCCGACGAUCCAUUAGGCCGGCACGGACCCACCUUAAGUAACUUCCUCAGCAAAAAGCCAGUGCUUCCUGAGAAAAAAUGGCAGCCUUGCCCUUAUGGUAAAAAAUGCACCUAUGGCAACAAAUGCAAAUUUUACCAUCCAGAGAGACAACAUCAAGCUCAGCUUUCGGUUGCUGAUGAGCUCAGGGCCAAAACAAAGGUCCCGUUACCCCAGGGUAAGGAGGAGGAGAGGUGUCAGUGCUCCCCGUGCCACGCCUGCACAGAAACUCUGCGGGAAGCCCGAGGCUGCUCGGGGCCCUCCCGCUGCCCAGGCCGGUCCCAGGGCGGCUGCUCGGAGCAGACAUUCCGUGCCUGGCCCGGCAGCGCCGGCUCUGACCUGCGGAGGGACCCGCGCCUGCCGCAGCCAGAGCCGCUGCUGGAGAAGAUGUCAGCGGUGUCCAUCCGUGAGGACACCUACGGCUGCAGCUGGUCCCGGUGCACCUCUCGGGACAGGGGCGUCACGGACAGCCCCCAGCCCUGCUCCGACCUCAGGCACAAGCUGCUCUCACUUCAUCCCCCUCGGGGCUUGGAGCGCCCCGGCUCUCCCGGGUGCCCUUUCCAGAGAGGAGCGCUCCCGGCCGUGCCCGGCGGGAUGUGCUCGGAGCGCGGCUGGGCUCGGGAGCGCCCGGGUGUGCCCGGAGGACACGGGAGCCGCUGCUUCCCUCGCGGUGCUCAGCACGAACAGGCCCUGGAGAGCCAGCAGCCUCUGCUGCGGCAGUGCCCGGCUCUGUGCCCUGCCCGGCUGCCCCCGUACGGCGAGCCCCAUCCCCAUCCCCAUGCUCAGCCCCAUCCUCAUGCCCAGCUCCAGCAGCGCUGUGUGCCCGGCCAGCCCCCGGGGCAGCCAGCCCAGCUGGAGCCCAGCGACGGAACGGGAUUAUUCCAGAACGCCCAUGCCUACCCCAGUGCCGCUUACAGGGACUACUGGCACACCCCAGCUGCAAAUCCACCCUCUGCCCAGCAAAUAAACAUACACAGGGAGCUGUGCUCCCCUUAUCCGUACACUGGGAUGAGCCAGGUGGUGACUUUGUACCCCAGUAUCCAGGAUAAGGGCACUGGACCACCUCCCCUGUGAAGACAGGCUCGGGAAGCUGGG